ACCAUGGGGUCUGAGCACUCUGAUACCCAGAACCCAAGUUUUACAAUCAUGACAUUUUACCCAACCAUGGAAGAAUUUACAGAUUUUGACAAAUAUAUUGCUUAUAUGGAAUCCCAAGGCGCACACCGAGCUGGCCUAGCCAAGGUAAUUCCACCCAAGGAGUGGAAAGCCAGACAGACCUAUGAUGACAUCAGUGACAUCUUAAUAGCCACUCCUCUCCAGCAGGUGGCCUCUGGGCAGGCAGGGGUGUUUACUCAAUACCAUAAAAAGAAGAAAGCCAUGACCCUGGGGGAGUAUCACUGCUUGGCAAACAGUGAAAAAUAUCGGACUCCACCACACCUGAAUUUUGAAGAUUUGGAGAGAAAAUACUGGAAGAGUCGCAUCUAUGAUUCACCAAUUUAUGGUGCUGAUGUCAGUGGCUCCUUGUUUGAUGAAAACACUAAACAUUGGAACCUUGGGCACCUGGGAACGAUUCUGGACCUAUUGGAGCAGGAAUGUGGAGUUGUCAUUGAAGGCAUCAACACACCCUACCUGUACUUUGGCAUGUGGAAGACCACCUUUGCGUGGCACACGGAGGACAUGGACCUUUACAGCAUCAACUACCUGCACUUUGGGGAGCCCAAAACCUGGUACGCGGUGCCCCCAGAACACGGCCUGCGCCUGGAACGCCUGGCCCGGGUGCUUUUCCCGGGCAGUGCCAGGGGCUGUGAGGCCUUCCUGAGGCACAAGGUGGCUCUCAUCUCGCCCACUGUCCUCAAGGACAAUGGGAUUCCCUUCAGUCGCAUGACUCAGGAGGCUGGAGAGUUCAUGGUGACCUUUCCCUACGGCUACCAUGCUGGCUUCAACCAUGGCUUCAACUGCGCGGAGGCCAUCAAUUUCGCGACCCCGCGAUGGAUCGAUUAUGGCAAAGUGGCUUCGCAGUGCAGCUGCGGGGAGGCCAGGGUGACCUUUUCCAUGGAUGCCUUCGUGCGCAUCCUGCAACCCGAGCGCUAUGAGCUGUGGAAACGUGGGCAGGACCGGGCGGUUUUAGAUCUCGCGGAGCCCAGGGCCAUGCGCAGCCCGGAGCGGACCACGUGGAGGAAGGUCCAAGUGCCCAGAAAAGCCGCGCUGGGCCUGAGGCACUCCAGCGGUCGCCAGGCCCGACUUCCCAGUUGCUCUGUGGUCCCGAGGGCCCUUGUGGCAUCUCCGACCCCACGGCCUUCCCUAGUCCAAGGGGCUUCUCCCCAUCGCGAGCCCAUCGCCGCCAGCAGUUUCCAAGAUCCCUCCGAGGUCCUGCCCCUAACCCUGGGUCCAUCCACCGUAGAUUUCCAUCCCUCAACUGGCACACGUGGUCGUGGUCGUGGUCGGGGUCGCGGUCGCGGUCGCGGUCGGGGUCGGGGUCGGGGUCGUUGUGGUGGUCGAGGCCGUGGUCAUCCUUCUGGGAAACUAGGGUUUCAGGAGCCGACCCUCCUGCCUCAGGCCAAGAGGAGACUCUUGCAGGGCACAGCACACUCGGCUGUGGGCCCGGAGCCUCAUCCCUUAUCUGCUAAUGGAGGGUUGAUGCACAAGCCUGCACCUUUGAGCCCUGGGCUCCUGCAUCCUGCCGAGGCAUCUGGCUGCUGCUGUGCCCCGGAUCUCCAACCCUUGGGGCCGCCCCUGGAUCCCGAUAAUCAGAUGCACCCUGGCCCCUGUCUGCUAUCCCUGGACAGCAUUACCGUGGAUCUCCCUGACACUGUCCCAUUGACUCCUCUCAAUGUCAUUGUACCUUUGGAAAAGUUCUCCAGGAAUGCUGCUCGGGACUGCCCAACCCCUGUGAACUUGGCUGAGGUUGUAGCAAUGGACCACUCCUAUGCCUCUAGAAUCCUGGCUCCUCCCUGUCUUGAUACUGUGACUUGCUCUACCUUCCAGGCCACCACCAACCUCGGCUCAAGCACCAACUCAACGUUUUACCAAUUGUGUCUGUCAGCCUUGAGUCUGGCCUCAGAAAUGUUUUGA